AUGGAGCUCCCCUUCAUCUCUCACCUGCCUCUGAUGUUCUUGAUCGGUUUCUGCUCCCCUUUUAACCUAGAUGUGCAUCGCCCACGCAUAUUCCCAGGGCCACCCGAGGCUGAAUUUGGAUACAGUGUCUUACAACACAUCGGGGGUGGACAGCGAUGGAUGCUGGUGGGUGCCCCCUGGGAUGGACCUUCAGGUGACCGGAGAGGGGAUGUUUAUCGUUGCCCUGUGGGGGGACACUCUAAUGCCCCGUGUGCCAAGGGUCACUUGGGUGACUAUCCUCUGGGAAAUUCAUCUCAUCCUGCUGUGAACAUGCACCUGGGGAUGUCUCUCCUGGAGGCCAGUGGUGAUGGGGGAUUCCUGGCCUGUGCUCCUCUCUGGUCUCGUGCCUGUGGUACAUCUGUCUUCAGUUCUGGGAUAUGUGCCCAUGUAGAUGCUUCGUUCCAGCCCCAGGGGAGCCUGGCACCCACAGCCCAACGCUGCCCCACAUACAUGGAUGUUGUCAUUGUCCUGGAUGGUUCCAAUAGUAUCUACCCUUGGUUUGAGGUUCAGACUUUUCUACGAAGACUAGUUGGGAGACUAUUUAUUGAUCCAGAGCAGAUACAGGUGGGACUUGUACAGUACGGGGAGAGCCCUGUGCAUGAGUGGUCUCUGGGAGAUUUCCGAACCAAGGAAGAAGUGGUGAAAGCAGCAAGGAAUCUGAGUCGGCGAGAAGGACGAGAGACAAAGACGGCUCAGGCAAUAAUGGUGGCCUGCACAGAGGGUUUCAGUCAGUCCCGUGGGGGCCGACCUGAGGCAGCCAGGCUUCUGGUGGUUGUCACAGAUGGAGAAUCACAUGAUGGGGAGGACCUGCCCACGGCACUGAAAGCCUGUGAAGCUGGAAGAGUGACCCGCUAUGGGAUUGCGGUCCUUGGUCAUUAUCUCCGACGCCAGCGAGACCCCAGUUCUUUCCUGCAGGAAAUCCGAACUAUUGCCAGUGAUCCAGAUGAGCGAUUCUUCUUCAAUGUAACAGAUGAGGCUGCACUAACUGACAUUGUGGAUGCACUUGGAGACCGGAUUUUUGGCCUUGAGGGGUCUCAUGGAGAGAAUGAAAGCUCAUUUGGACUGGAAAUGUCUCAGAUUGGUUUCUCUACUCAUCGACUGAAGGAUGGGAUUCUCUUUGGAAUGGUGGGGGCCUAUGACUGGGGGGGCUCAGUUCUUUGGCUUGAAGAAGGUCACCGCCUUUUCCCCCCACGGACGGCCUUGGAAGACGAAUUUCCUCCUGCAUUGCAGAACCAUGCAGCCUAUCUGGGUUACUCUGUUUCCUCCAUGCUUUUGCAAGGUGGACGUCGUCUUUUUAUCUCAGGGGCGCCUCGAUUUAAACAUCGAGGAAAGGUCAUUGUUUUCCAGCUUAAGAGAGAUGGUGCAGUAAGAGUUGCCCAGAGCCUCCAUGGAGAGCAGAUUGGCUCCUACUUUGGCAGUGAACUUUGCCCUUUGGAUAUAGAUGGGGAUGGAAUAACUGAUGUCUUACUUGUUGCUGCUCCCAUGUUCCUUGGACCCCUCAACAAAGAGACAGGACGUGUUUAUGUGUAUCUGGUAGGCCAGCAGCCUUUACUGAUGCUCCGGGGAAUGCUUCAGCCAGAACCCCCUCAGGAUGCUCGGCUUGGCUUUGCCAUGGCUGCCCUUCCUGACUUGAACCAAGAUGGCUUUGCUGACGUGGCUGUGGGGGCGCCUCUGGAAGAUGGGCACCGGGGUGCACUGUACCUGUAUCAUGGGAAAAAGAGUGGAAUCAGACCUCAUCCUGCACAGCGUAUUGCUGCUGUCUCCAUGCCACAGGCCCUCAGCUACUUUGGCCGAAGUGUGGAUGGCCGGCUAGAUCUGGAUGGGGAUGAUUUGGUCGAUGUUGCUGUGGGUGCCCAGGGGGCAGCCAUCCUCCUCAGCUCCCGGCCUAUCAUCCGCCUGACUCCUUCCUUGAAUGUGACGCCACCAGCCAUCAGCGUAGUUCAGCGGGACUGUAAGCGGCGAGGCCAGGAGGCCACCUGCCUGACUGCAGCUCUUUGCUUCCAAGUGACUUCCCGCGCCCCUGGCCGCUGGAAUCGCCGGUUUCAUAUGUGGUUCACAGCAUCCCUGGAUGAGUGGACAGCUGGGGUGCGUGCUGCAUUUGAUGGCUCUGGCCAAAGGCUGUCCCCUCGGCGCCUCGGGCUCAGUGUGGGCAACAUCACUUGUGAGCAGCUACACUUCCAUAUACUGGAUACAUCAGAUUAUCUCCGACCAGUGGCUUUGACUGUGACCUUUUCCUUGGACAACACCACAAAGCCAGGGCCAGUGCUGGAUGAGGGUUCUCCCACCUCCGUACAAAAGCUGGUCCCAUUCUCAAAGGACUGCGGCCCUGACAAUGAAUGUGUCACAGACCUGGUGCUUCUUGCUCAUAUGGACAUCAAAGGCUCCAGAAAAGCCCCAUUUGUGGUUCGAGGUGGCCGAAAGAAAGUGCUCGUGUCAGCAACUCUGGAGAACAAGAAGGAGAAUGCCUACAACACUAGCCUGAGUCUCAGCUUCUCCAGAAACCUCCACCUGGCCAGCCUCACUCCUCAGAGGGACAGCCUGGUGAAGGUGGAAUGUGCGGCUCCUUCUUCUCAUGCCCGGCUUUGCAGUGUAGGACACCCUGUCUUCCAGACUGGGGCCAAGGUGACCUUUCUGCUAGAGUUUGAGUUCAGCUGUUCUGCCCUCCUGAGCCAGGUCAUCGUGAGACUGAUUGCCAGCAGCAAUAGCCUGGAGACAAAUGAGACCCUUCAAGAUAAUACAGCCCAAGCCUCAGCCUACGUCCAGUACGAGCCUCAUCUCCUGUUCUCCAGUGAGUCAACCCUGCACCGCUAUGAGGUUCACCCAUAUGGGGCCUUCCCAAUAGGUCCAGGCCCUGAAUUCAAAACCACACUUCGGGUGCAGAACCUUGGCUGCUAUGUAGUCAGUGGCCUCAUUAUCUCAGCCCUCCUUCCAGCUGUGGCCCAUGGGGGCCAUUACUUCUUGUCAUUAUCUCAGGUCAUCACCAACAAUGCCAGCUGCACAGUGCAGAACUUGACCGAGCCCCCUGGUGCCCCUGUGCACACUGAGGAACUUGAGCACACAAGCAGACUGAAUGAGAGCAAUACCCGGUGUCAGGUCGUGAGGUGCCACCUUGGGCGGCUGGCAAAGGGAACGGAGGUCUCCAUUGGACUACUGAGGCUGGUUCACAAUGAAUUUUUCCGGAGAGCCAAGUUCAAGUCUCUGAUAGUGGUCAGCACAUUCGAGAUGGGAACCGAGGACGGCAGUGUCCUACAGCUGACUGAAGCUUCCCGCUGGAGUGAGAGCCUCCUGGAGGUAAUUCAGGCCCACCGAGUCCUCAUCUCCCUUUGGAUCCUCGUAGGCAGCGUCCUGGGAGGUCUCCUUCUGCUUGCCCUCCUUAUCUUCUGCCUUUGGAAGCUUGGCUUCUUUGCCCGUAAGAAAAUCCCUCAGGAAGAGAAAAGAGAAGAGAAGUUGGAGCAAUGAGUAUAAAAGGAGGUUCUAGAAAGUCUUCCCUGGCAGCUUCUCCAAAAGACUUGCAUAAGAGUGGAGGUUUAUGGGCCCAGAUGAGACAAGAAGGAGCCUUUGGUCCCUAUCCCCAAGUCUGAAGCCUGGCCUGGUUUUCAGUCAUGGGGAUGCUGUUGGCAAGAGAUGAGAACUUUACCUCAGCCAGUAAGGGCUGGCACCCAAACUACCAACACCUCCACCCUGUGUGUCCCUCCUCCUCAUGACCCGAGUUCUACAGCCAGCAUUGAGGCCAGUGUUGGGAGCCUUGAUUCCCUCUAUCCCUUGGGAAUGAAAACGUUUUUGUCCAGGUCCUUGCCUCCGAGAUUCCCAAUCUUCCCUCACAAUUUGGAGAGCCCCACCCUUUCACCUUCCUGCCUGCCCUCACUCCAUGGGAGGGAGCUGACGUUGGCUUGAAAGAAGUUAAGUCAACAUCUGCUUUCCCGUGGAGUCUGGUGAUUCAGAGAGCCAGAUGGGGAGAGUCAACAGGAAAAAAGGAGGGAGGGAGGAAAGCCACAAGAGACAUUCUGUACAAUUUCAAGGAACAGAGGAGCCUUUAGACAGGCAACUGGCAUCCCCCUGAAACCUGAGACUUCAUGCACUCGCCCGCCCUCAGGUGCUGGUGUAACAGAACUGCCCCAAGCUUGCUGGGCAGUGGCUUCCCACCCAACAGCCUUCCCUGGGAGCAAAGCCUGGUGCCUGAUAUUCUGGGGCCCCCAAGUGGCUAGAGCUGGAAUAACAGGAGAGACUAGCUAACCCCUGGGAAGUGUUUCCUUUUCAGUUUUCUCAGAUCAACUCCUCUUUAG